GAGCGAGCGCGCGAGCCUGCCUGCCUUCCUCCCGUUCCCUAAUUGAAACCAAAUGUGGGCUCGGUUGGAUUGUGGGAUUUCUGGCCCGGCCCCAGGCCUCCUCGGAAGGCGAGCCUCUCUCUCGCGAAGGCCUCUCUUGCAUCAGCCUCUCCUUGCCCGACGGCCUGCUUGCCUGCCUGCCUGCCUGCCUUCCACCGCCCGGGCCCUGGAGCCGCUCUCGACCCGCUUCUCCGCCGGAUCCCAGCCCUCCUUCUCUUCACAGCCAGCUACAGAGUUGUGACAAGAUCUGAAGAUGCUUACACCUCCACAGACACCAUUUGGUAUAAUGCUGCUGGUUAUUUCAAGUGUCGUGAAAGCUCAGGUCAAUCCAGCGAUCUGCCGCUACCCAUUGGGCAUGUCAGGUGGGCAUAUCCCUGAUGAGGACAUUUCUGCUUCCAGUCAGUGGUCUGAAUCCACAGCAGCAAAAUAUGGAAGGCUAGGAUCAGAAGAUGGGGAUGGUGCAUGGUGUCCUGAAAUCCCUGUGGAACCAGAUGACCUGAAGGAAUUUCUGGAAAUUGACUUACAUGCUCUACACUUUAUCACCCUGGUAGGGACUCAAGGCCGCCAUGCGGGAGGCCAUGGCAAUGAGUUUGCUCCAAUGUACAAAAUUAAUUACAGCCGGGACGGCACCCGCUGGAUGUCUUGGCGAAACAGGCAUGGAAAGCAGGUUCUUGAUGGAAACACCAACCCGUAUGACAUUGUUCUCAAGGACUUGGAGCCACCCAUCAUUGGUCGAUUCAUACGUUUUAUCCCUGUGACUGACCACUCCUCAAAUGUCUGCCUCAGAGUCGAACUCUAUGGCUGUAUCUGGCUGGAUGGCCUAGUUUCAUACAGUGCUCCAGCAGGACAGCAGUUGGUUCUACCUGGUGGAAUUGCGAUUUAUCUGAAUGAUUCGAUCUAUGAUGGUUACAGCAUGACAGAAGGACUAGGACAGCUGACAGAUGGGGUUGCAGGCCUAGAUGAUUUCAUCCAGACCCAUGAAUACCAUGUAUGGCCUGGUUACGACUAUGUUGGCUGGCGCAAUGAGAGCACCACCAAUGGCUAUGUGGAAAUCACCUUUGAAUUUGACCGGAUCCGAAACUUUACUACCAUGAAGGUUCAUUGCAACAACAUGUUUGACAAAGGAGUGAAGAUUUUCAAGGAGGUGCAAUGCCAUUUCCGUUCUGAUUCAAAUGAAUGGGAGCCCAAUCCCAUCUCUUCGGUGCUGGUGUUAGAUGACGUAAACCCUAGCGCCCGCUUCGUCACUGUGCCACUACUCCAUCACAUGGCCAAUGCCAUCAAAUGCCAGUUCUACUUUGCUGACAUAUGGAUGAUGUUCAGUGAGAUCACCUUCCAGUCAGAUGCUGCCAUGUACAACAAUUCUGGAGCCAUUCCUGAAUCUUCAGUGACUCCCACCACAUAUGAUCCAACCCUUAAGGUUGAUGACAGCAAUACCCGAAUCUUGAUUGGCUGCCUGGUGGCCAUCAUCUUUAUCCUGGUAGCCAUUAUUGUAAUCAUCCUCUGGAGGCAAUUUUGGAAAAAGAUGCUGGAAAAGGCCUCUCGACGAAUGUUGGAUGAUGAAAUGACUGUCAGCCUCUCUCUACCCAGUGAGUCAAGUAUGUUCAACCACAAUCACUCCACUUCUUCCAGUGAGCCUGAAUCCAGUUCCACAUACGACCGGAUAUUUCCCCUUGGUCCAGACUACCAGGAACCAUCUCAGUUGAUUCGCAAACUGCCUGAAUUUACCCCAAAAGAGGAAGAGGCAGGUUGCAGUGGGAUUACUAAACCGGCCUUGCCAAGUGGAGUUGAGGGCGUCCCUCAUUAUGCGGAGGCAGACAUUGUGAACCUACAAGGGGUGACAGGUAGCAACACCUAUUCUGUCCCAGCCAUCACCAUGGAUUUGCUGUCUGGCAAAGAUGUGGCUGUGGCUGAGUUUCCCAGGAAGUUGUUGACCUUCAAGGAGAAGCUGGGAGAAGGCCAGUUUGGAGAGGUCCACCUAUGCGAAGUGGAGGGGAUGGAGAUGUUUGUGGACAAUGGUUCUGUUUUGGAUGCUGACCUGAAGCAGCCUGUCCUACUGGCCGUGAAAAUGCUGCGAGCUGAUGCCAACAAGAAUGCCAGGAAUGACUUUCUUAAAGAGAUUAAGAUCAUGUCCAGAUUGAAGGACCCCAACAUUAUCCGGCUGCUGGCCGUGUGUAUCACUGAUGACCCGCUCUGCAUGAUCACAGAGUACAUGGAAAAUGGUGAUCUCAACCAAUUUCUAUCUCGCCAGGAGCUCCAGAGCUUGAUAGUGAGCUCUGCCUCUGCUGUCAGCUAUGCUGAUCUGAAGCGAAUAGCCACACAGAUUGCUUCUGGUAUGAAGUACCUGUCCUCCCUGAAUUUUGUUCACCGAGACCUGGCUACACGCAACUGUCUGGUGGGGAAGAAUUAUACCAUCAAGAUAGCCGACUUUGGUAUGAGCCGGAACCUCUACAGUGGAGAUUAUUACAGGAUCCAAGGCCGAGCAGUACUCCCCAUUCGUUGGAUGUCAUGGGAGAGCAUCCUCUUGGGGAAAUUCACCACAGCCAGUGAUGUCUGGGCAUUUGGUGUGACACUUUGGGAGACCUUCACUUUUUGUCGUGAGCAGCCGUAUUCUCAGUUUUCAGAUGAGCAAGUAAUUGAGAACACCGGGGAGUUCUUUCGGGAUCAAGGACGGCAGACCUAUCUUCCACAGCCUACAUUGUGUCCUGAUUAUGUAUACAAGCUAAUGCUCAGCUGUUGGAGACGAGAUACCAAAGACCGCCCCUCCUUCCAAGAAAUCCAUUGCCUACUCCAAGAAGCACCUACUUCAUAGUGAUGCCUUCCUUUCAAACCCCAGACCUAUGUUACCUCUCUUCCCUCUCAUCUCUCACCUUCCAAAAUGUACACUAAGAACUAUGUUGGAUUCACCAUUUCCUUUGACACCAGAGCUGAAAUUUCAAUAUCACCAACGGACACAAAGCAAUUGGGAUCUGACCACAUCGAUCACAUAGCUACAUUCAAGGUGCUGUGCUUUGGACUGGCAAAGACUGUGAAAAACAAGUAUUAUUAUUCUUGUAAAUGUUGUAGGAUCUGAUGUACAAGUAGAUUUGUUUAUAGGGGGUGCGGGGGGGAGGGGGAGGGAGAGAAGCAAGUUCUUUACAUAUGAAAGAACUUGAAACAUAACCUAAGCGUGGAACUGAGCUGGGAAGAAACAUACAGGGCAGGGAAAUACUGAAGUAUCUACAAUACUUUAUGCCCACAGCUAAGUGUAUGUCACAGAUCUGUAGAUAUGUAGAAUGUGGCACAGAAUUUUGCUUCUUUCAUUUUUAUUAGAAAAGGAUUUCAUUCCUUAUUGUUAUGUAUAUAGGCUUGAAAAUGUGUGGAAAAUACUUGCUGACAUUUCAGAAGCUAGAAGGGUUACUGAAAUAAAUGACUAGUGAUUUUG